AUGGCUUCGUCAGACAUCCUUUCUAAGACUCUCCUGUCCAUCACCAACACCAAACUUGCUCAGCUCAACAAGCAGAAAGAUGCCUACAACAACAGAAAGCGACUCCUCAUUGACACGGCUAAUGCUCAGUCAGAUAGCAACAAGCGUGUCCGUGAGCUUGUUGAAGGCAUCAAACAUCUGCCAAGCAUGACAUCGUCGACCCUCAAUCCCAUGUUGUCACUGGAUAAUCUCAAUCGCUUUGUCCAGCAGGCCCAACAUGACCCAGCUGUCACUGGCUCCUUCGUCGAAGAGUACGAAUCCUUGGUCCGGAACGAAUUGCAAAUCCAAUCCAACCGGUACGCCUUCGCUUCACUGUACGGAAAGCUUGUCAAUGAAUGGAUAUCGGCAGGCAAGAAUCAGGAGGAGGGCCCCAAAGCCGCCUCCAUAUCGGUGGGCCGCGAGGAAGCUCAGGUUCAGCGAGCGACCUGGGAAGAAUAUGUGUUCGCCCCUAAGGCUACAGACAAGGAUGCGAUCAAGACAUAUUUGAGCACCGUCUUCGAGGCCGAAGAAGAUGUCAAGGACGCGACCUCCGAGCUGAGAGAGAAUCUGAAGAGAUUCCAGGACAACUGGUCCGCCAACCCCCAUUUCAAUGUUGCAAGUCUCACUACCACAAUCAAUGGCAUGCUUCGCAGCGACAUUUUGACGGAUUCGAAGCGAGCAACUCUGAAGGACUUUGUGGGAAAUGAGACUGUCUUGUCAGAGAUCGCCGAUGUCUUGAACAUGCGCAUGGCCACUCGCGAGGCUUGGACAUGGGAGAGCGACUUGGUAAUCGACCAGCGACGACAGCUCAACGGGCGCUACCGGUUCUACCCUGACGAGGAUCUCCUUCAGUCCAUAUUCCUGCAUUACAUCGGCAUGCGCUGGGCUGUCGAAUUGCGCAGCGGAUUUGAAGGGCUCCUCCACGUGUGGAAGCCGAGUCUGGAACCCAUCAGCACCCACGAUAAACGGCGCUUGCAGUUCUUUUUGGGAGUAUCCAACGAUUUUGAUGGAGAGAUGAUGCGCACGAUGGAGUGGGUGAAGCGAAAUCAUUUCGAGAAUGAGAUAUUCCUAGAUCAGCUUCCGAAGUACAUGGAGGAGCAACGGGGAGCAUACGGGUCUCGUGACGACACUGAGACGGCAGACACAAGGAAGAGCCACAUUGACGUCGUCCAACAGCUACUCCAUAUGAUCGAGGCAGAUAUACUCUUGCAAAAUCGUUUCGACAAGAAGGUCACGGUCAUUCGCUCGGACUUCAAGUGGUUUGGGCCCAGCAUUCCCCACUCCUCUAUUGUUGCUGUUCUUGAGUUCUUCGGUGUUGGUGCGGACUGGCUGGACUUCUUCAUCAAGGUCCUUGAGGCUCCCUUGAGAUUCAAGCAGGACCCAGAAGACGCCUCAAGUCGGACUCGCAAGCGAGGUACACCCCUGAGCACUCCGCUUGCGGAUGUGUUUGGCGAGUCUCUGCUAUUCUGUGUCGAUUUCGCGGUCAACCAGAUGGCUGACGGUGCUCGAUUGUACAGACUGCAUGAUGACAUGUGGCUCUGGGGGGACACUGAGGCUUGUGUGAAGAGCUGGGGUGUUCUGAAGAAAUGUGCGAGUGUUCUAGGACUUGAUUUCAACCUCGAAAAGACAGGUUCGGCUUCAAAUCUGGGUAUCGACAAAGAGUUAGCCCCCUCUGAUCUCGAUACCGGUCUGCCACAGGGCGAUGUCAGCUGGGGAUUUCUGAAGCUUGACCGACUCAGCGGACGGUUCAUCAUCAACCAAGACGAAGUCGACAAGCAUAUCGAGGAACUGAGACUCCAGUUGGACGCCUGCAAGACUGUUUUCAACUGGAUUCAGGCUUGGAAUACUUACGGAGCACGUUUCUUCUCCAACUUCUUUGGCAAGCCUGCGAAUUGUUCUUCCCGGCAACACAUCGACAGCAUGUUGGAAACAUUCCAACGCAUUCAGCAAAAGUUAUUUCCAGAUACUCCCGGCGGCGUCGGUGCGCACCUUAAGCAGAUGGUUGCAGAGCGCUUCGACAUCCCGUUGUCAGAAAUCCCUGACGGGUACAUCUACUUUCCUCCUGAGUUCGGUGGACUCGGCCUUAAGAACCCCUUCAUCAAUCUCUGCCUCGUUCGUGACGCAGUGGUGGAGGAUCCAGAAAGGAUUAUUGAUUCUUUCUUCGAGCAGGAGGCAAGGGAGUACCGACGCACCAAAGCCGAUUUUGAGAGUGACGCGAUGUCUUCGAGAAGGCUCGACAUGAGAUUUCAGUUCCAAGACCUCGAGAAUGAAGACUUCAUGAGCCUUGAGGAGUUCUCGAGAUAUCGCGAACGCCUCAGUGUGUCACUUGGGUGCACAUUUAAACAGCUGAUGCAAGAGCCGUCGCCGAAGACUGUGGAGCUCAAAGGUACGAUCAAGGCCGUGCUUGAUCCGGCUCAGUGGCGGGCGCUGACCAGCUACGACCAGUGGAUUGUCCAGUUGUUCAACAAAGACAUGAUUGCUCGGUUUGGGGGUCUGAACGUGGUUGAGAAGGGGCUUCUGCCAACGGGUCUGAUGGAUAUGCUGCGCCAGAGCAAGUUUCAGUGGGUCGGUUGA